CUGUGUCAGUCCCGGGUUCCGCAAGAUAGUGUUUGCGUGCGCGAUUUUUCCACCGUGGGGGCAAGAAAAGUAGAAAACGCUUUUCCGCAACGCACACCAUCUUCGCUCCGGUGGUUCGCGUUGGUCGGUCGGUUGAAUUUUUCGGUGGAUUUGGUACAGCGGAUCGUGAACGCGGCACGAACAAGAAUCCCGUUCAUUGGGGCAACGUUCUCCCUGGGAGUUUGUUUCCUGCGUGUUAAUUAACGGAUUGACUCGUACUCCGCAUCUACCAUUCACCGCCAACGCGUUGGUGACACACACGUUCUGGCCAGCUAAGCGAUUCUCCUGCUUCAGCAAGUUGCCGGGUGGAAAGGAAAAACUGGGAGAAGAAAUUUUUUUAUCGCAUCUGUAGCGCGUACUUGUGUAUGUGCGGAUGUGUGUGCUUUAAAAGUGCAGAUACAACGGUGUGUUUCCUACUGUUCGGACAGUGGCCGCACAAAAAGUGUUUUUUCGGUUUAAUUGAUAUCCCAUAAUAUAAGGAUCCUGGUGGUGCAUCGAGCAUCUGUAGCAUUGGAAUAAAACGGAAAGAAAACAACCUGCAGCAGUGUGAAGAGCAACCCUGGGCUGGUGACCCUGGGCAAAUGUGAGAUCGCAAAAGGAGUGGCGAAAACUACGACACGGACUUGCUGUUGAAGGAAACAAUUCCAAAACGCAACUCAGAAACGGCGGACGUACACAUUUCUACCACACGCAUCCCCAAUACGACUAAGCGCCGUUUGCUGGUCGAAGCAGUAAAUAGUGCAAGGAGGAAAACGCCGGUCCCCUUGGAUGAGCAAAAAUGAUUCUGCUGGAGAUCAAUAAUCGGAUCGUGGAGGAAACGCUAAGAGUCAAGUUUAAAAAUGCACUCGCAGGGAUUAAGGCGGAAUCAAUCGAUGUGACCGUGGCGGACUUCGAUGGGGUGUUAUUUCACAUUUCCAACGUCAACGGUGACAAAACGAAAGUGCGGACAAGCAUAUCGCUGAAGUUCUACAAGCAAUUGCAGGAGCAUGGGGCCGAUGAGCUUUUGAAGCGGGAGUACGGCGAUCUGCUAACGUCGCCCGAGGAUGGCUACAAUGUGUCGGUGUUGAUCGAUCUGGAAAACAUUCCGGAAAACUGGGAAGAUACGGUACGAAAAAUCGGCCUGCUGAAGCGUAACUGCUUCGCGUCGGUAUUCGAGAAAUACUUCGACUUUCAGACCCAGGGUGAAGGCGAAGGCGAAGGACAGAAGCGAGCAGUAAUCAACUAUCGGAACGAUGAAACGAUGUACGUCGAAGCCAAACCGGACCGUGUGACGGUCGUGUUUAGUACGAUAUUUCGUGACGAGGACGACGUAGUGUUAGGCAAAGUGUUCAUGCAGGAAUUACGCGAGGGCCGAAGAGCGUCGCAUACGGCACCACAAGUAUUAUUUUCCCACAGGGAACCACCGAUGGAGCUGGCCAAUACGGGCGCCCGCGUCGGCGAAAACAUUGGUUACGUCACGUUCGUUCUCUUCCCAAGGCACACAGCGAAAGAAACGCGCGACAACACGAUCAAUUUAAUUCACAUGUUCCGUGAUUAUUUGCAUUAUCAUAUUAAGUGUUCGAAAGCAUACAUUCACUCCCGGAUGCGAGCAAAGACUUCGGAGUUCUUAAAGGUGCUCAAUCGCGCUCGGCCGGAGCCAAAAAUUACGGAAAAGAAAACAAUCACUGGUCGAACGUUCAUCAGAAAGGAAUGAUUCAGUAACUCGUCGGACGUCUAGUUGUUAAAUGUGUAAGUAUACAAACGAAAUAAAUAAACAAGUGUGAGAACAAAACAAAGGCAAUGAUGCAACAACGGCAUACCGUAAAGGAUCUGGAAGCGAAAAUCACCUCCAGUUCCUUAAAAAUAAAAUAUUAAAAAGCGUUGUAGAAGGAAUUUGGUGAUUUAAAACCCCUAGACUAGACUCAAGCUCUCCAUCCGGUCAGUCAGUAUGAAGUGAAUGAACCUUCGAUGGAUAGAUCAGUCGCAUGGAUGCUCAGGAGAUCGCAAAAAAGCCAACAAAAUGCAAUUAAUCCUACCCCCCUUACAUUGGGCAAGAGUCAAAAACCCCGUUCGGUAGUUCGGAUAAAUAAUCACAAACGGAAAGAAUAGUAUUCUUUAUAAAAGCAAAUUACACUAUAACGCCUCUAUACACAUUGACAUCUAAUAGUAAAAAUUAGUAUAAAAAAUACACCCAUUCUCUCCGUACAAGAAAACAUUAGAAUUGAUCGGAAUUUCUUAAUCGAAGCGCUGCCAACGUAAAUUUACUGUUGAAGCCUGGGAUGGGGUGGCUAACGGAAAUAUAAAAACACGAAAGAAGAAAAUGGCAAUUGAAGAAACAUCAUCAACAUUCAAUGCAACGCUCCCUGGUGUUCGAGGGAAAGUGUUUUGAAAAGAAAUAAGAAAACAGUUAGAGUAUUAAGCUAAGUAAAAUAAAUUUUAUACAAAAAAAGAACGAAAACACAGCAAAGAAAAGCAUCAAAGCCUCGUGAAGGGAUGAUGGUUCUCUUGGAAAAAUAAAAUUCAAGCCACACGAAACAGGGGUGCAACAAUUAAGAUCAUUCAACAAGAAUAGAAUAUGUUUUAAAAAACGUGUGCUUAAAAUCACGAAACACCUUCUGGGAAUAGGAAAUUGAAGCUUCAUAUGCUGCUUGGAGAAUGUUUUGUAGACAAAAUUAUGCGCGGUCUAGGAGGGCGGAACAUCGCACAAAAAAUAAAAGAGGAAGGAUUAAAUAAAACAUGUAAAAGCUCGCUACUUUGCGCAUUUGCAAAGACGGAGAAUAUCGGGUAGCAAAGAAAACAAACGAAAAUAGGCAAGGUUACUAACCAAUUUACUAAUCACUUCACGGAGGAUCUAAAAUAAGAAAACUCACUCGUACACAAGCAACACGAACAGGAAGAAAACACACACACACAGUUUGUUACAAUGCCGUUCCACGACGAGAAAUGCAUAGAGGUUUGAAAAGGAAAGAUAAUAUUAAGGACGCAAAUGAGGAAGUAUAAACAAAAAAAUAGUAGGCCGAAAGAAUUCACGAAGAAAACAAUUGCAGAUAGUAAUGAAUGCAAUACUAACAAAAAAGGGAUAUGAAGCAUCGCGUUAAGCUCACUCGGUGCAAUUAUGCCCCGCAGGAGACGUUCUGGGUGACGCUUAACGCACACUGUUUUCAUCAUCCAAUUUUACCAAACUACAGAAGAAACGUUGUUUACUAGUACACUACUAAUACUAUUAUUACUAGUAGCCUGUAGGAAGACGAGUGUGAGCUUGGACAAACAUGACUAGAAAGAAGAAGAAAAAUAUUAAUCUUAGUACCCAGGAUCGCAAAAGGAAAGCUAGUUAAGGUAUGGAAUCGUGGCGCAAUUGUUGUACGCUCGGUGUCGAAUGUACAUUUACCAAUUUCUUAACAUCCUCGAGGUUACGGGCCGACGCGUCGGUGAUCCGCAGAGGAGGGACUAUUCUUCCAUUGUUUGUAGUGCUGCUGAGAGUAAAGGAAAAAAGAGCGGGGAAUUAGGUAGACUAACCUAGCUGGUUCUGCCUGGGGCGAAGAAUCGGAGAUGAAAGCUGUUAUCGGAAUCGGUAUGAUGGUACACGUUACGCUGAACCGGAUUGUACUUGAAAAACUAAGAGUGAAAGCUGAUGUGCAUUUAUUAACUGGCAAGACACCUCCACCUCCUAUUCCUGCAAGUGGCAAGUGCUUCAUGGUUCUCCGUUGAUCCAGAGUGGCAAAAUAAUAGGAAAAAGACGUUUAAUAUUUCCCUUGUAGCUAGCGAGUCACAAAAAUGUAGAGAAACGGGGCGUUUACAUCGUUUAAACGUCGCUUUGCUUCGGUAUCUCUCUCCCGGGACCCGUCAUAAAAGAUGCCACGAAGUUAAAGUAUUAAAAACCAUGAUCAGUUACAUCGGAUCUCGUUUGUGAACGUUUGUCAUAAGAAAAAAGAUUGCCUAAUUCAUGUUUCCUCUGAAAAACAAAACAUCCAUGAAACCUACUCUGGAUUGGGAAAGAAUAUUAUGAACGUGUCGCUGUAAAAUUUGAUCCAAGAGAAAUAUGAUAUGUGCUCCAGAGUUAAUUCAAGUGAAUUACACAUGCGGAAAGAUAAGAAAAAAACCUUCAAUAAAACCAACCUACCCCGGCCAAUAAAACUGGAGGGAAUAGAAAAU